GCAUCUUUCGUGGUGAUCUGGAAGAAUCGUUGCCUCAUGAUUGGUGAUCAGGAUCUCACUACACUACAGAUACACCCCUAAAACAGCAACGGACAUUGGCAUAAAACAACACAAUGGCCAGGAAUCGCAAAGACAGGGACAGCUGGGGCUCGUUCACAGACAAGGGCAUCUAUGACUGGAGCUCAGAGGAGGACGAGCCCGACGGGAAGGCGCGGCCGGUGCAGGUGCUGGUGGUGAAGGACGACCACUCCUUUGAGCUGGACGAGGUGGCCCUGGGGCGCCUCCUGCUGGCCGAGGAGGUGCGCGACCGCGAGGUGGUGGCCAUCUCUGUGGCCGGAGCCUUCCGCAAGGGCAAGUCCUUCCUCAUGGACUUCAUGCUGCGCUACAUGUACAACCAGGCCUCAGAGGAGUGGCUGGGUGAUGCGGAGGACCCCCUGACAGGCUUCUCGUGGAGGGGGGGAUCGGAGAGAGAGACCACAGGCAUCCAGAUCUGGAGCGAGGUCUUCCUAGUGGAUAAACCAGACGGGACAAAGGUUGCCGUGCUCCUGAUGGACACCCAGGGCACCUUUGACAGCCAGUCCACCCUCAGAGACUCAGCCACCGUCUUCGCCCUCAGCACCAUGAUCAGCUCCAUGCAGGUGUACAACAUCUCCCAGAAUAUCCAGGAGGAUGACCUGCAGCACCUACAGCUUUUCACCGAGUAUGGCAGACUAGCCAUGGAAGAAACAUUCCUGAAACCAUUCCAGUCCAUGAUAUUCCUGGUGCGGGACUGGAGCUUUCCGUACGAGUUCACCUAUGGACAAGAAGGGGGGAUGAAAUUCCUCGAAAAGAGGCUGAAAAUCUCAGAGAACCAACAUGAAGAGCUGCAGAACGUGCGGAAACACAUCCACUCCUGCUUCACCAACAUCUCCUGCUUCCUCAUGCCACACCCGGGCCUCAAGGUGGCCACCAACCCUAACUUUGACGGCAGACUUCGAGAGAUCGACCCCGAGUUCACCAACCACCUGCGUGUGCUGGUGCCCUGGCUGCUGAGUCCCCGCAACCUGGACGUCAAGGAGAUCAACGGCAGCAACAUCACCUGCCGAGGCCUUCUCGAGUACUUUAAGGCAUACAUAAAAAUCUAUCAGGGGGAAGAACUGCCACAUCCCAAGUCAAUGCUGCAGGCAACAGCUGAAGCGAACAACUUGGCCGCUGUAGCAGCAGCUAAAGACUUGUACAGCAAGAAGAUGGAGGAGGUGAGUGGCGGCGAUCGGCCUUUCCUGGCGCCGACUGAGCUGCAGGCACGGCAUGGCGAGAUCCGGCAGGAGGCGCUGGCCGUCUUCCGCGGCGUGAAGAAGAUGGGUGGCGAGGAGUUCAGCCGGCGCUACCUGCAACAGCUGGAGGCCGAGGUGGACGAGCUCUUCACACAGUACGUCAAGCACAACGACAGCAAGAACAUCUUCCACGCCGCACGCACGCCAGCCACCCUCUUCGUGGUCAUCUUCGUCAUGUACGUGGCGGCGGGCAUCACAGGCUUCGUGGGCGUGGACGUGAUCGCCAGCGUCUGCAACAUGGUGCUGGGCCUGGCGCUCAUCACCCUCUGCACCUGGGCCUACAUACGCUACUCGGGCGAGUACCGCGAGCUGGGCGCCGUCAUCGACCAGGUGGCUGGGGCUCUGUGGGACCAGGGAAGCACAAACGAGGCGCUCUACAAGCUGUACAACGCAGCGGCCAAUCACAGAAACCUUGUUAACCACGCUUUCCCCGCCCAGGGGGCGGAGCAACAGGAGGAGCAGACCAGGAAGAGGAACUAAACGGCGGAACCGCACCAGGA